AUGAAUUUUCUGGUAGCUGAGAUCCAAUCUGAAGAAAUUGAUGGUAUUUCGGAAUUACAACCUAAUUCAACUUGGUAUUAUUGUAGUCAAAAGAGUACUUCUUCGAUUGGUCCAACAUUUUAUUAUCCAAAUAUUACAGAUUUUAUGUUGGUUCUAGUAGUUGACGAUAUCGAUAAAUAUUUAUCAACUUCCUCUUCCUCUUCGUCACCGCCAUCGUUCAGUUAUUAUCCUGAUGUUUCAUGUGCUUCUAAACCUAUAAGAAAAUGUUUGGAAAAUAGUAAAACCAUAGUUCUUAGUUCAUAUGCAAAUUAUUGUUUAGUUGUUGUAAAUCCAAGUGUUAACACUAUUGAUUUCUCGAUCGCGUUAACCUUUGAUAAAAAUACUCAAAUCUCAAAUGGUGGCGAUAAUCGCAAUAAAAUGAUUGGAAAGAUUUUUGUAAAUGUCAUUGUAAUCGCUUUAAUUGUUUUCUUGAUUGUCUAA